AGCAAACCUUCGACCACUGCAACCAUAAUAUCGCUCUUCUUGACCAACCUUCGCCUUCUGAACCUUGACCUUCUCCCAGAGUGGCCUGCAAUCACAACCAACACACUCUCCAGCACCGGUGAUGCCAGGUCCCGCAUUCGUAGUGUCGAGUUUGCUUUGUACCAACUGUUCCGUUUGUACGAACCAGCUCUUACCGCGGAUAAGCUCCAGCCAUUCUAUCCGCCCUUGGAGCCACUGCAAAGCAUCAAUCUACGCGCAGCGCUUUAUCGUUGUCUGAACGACCUCAAGAAGAAUGGCGUCCUUGGUAGAAAAACUGUUCUGCGAAGGUCUAUGCUCGAUGACUGCCAAGGGUCUAAGCUUUGGGAGCUAUGUUUAGUCUUCUCUGCUGUGGUGUUGAAAGAGGUAACGCUGGAAAAGAAGAGGACGCACGAGCAGAGACGGUAUGGUGGGCCGGUUGCUGAGAGGUUGGGCUUGGCGAGAGAUGUCAGUAGAUCUCAGGCGGAGGGUCUGUUGCCAAUGACUUUGGCGCAUAAGGCGGCGUUGGGAAGAGUGUUGGAUGAGAGGUGCAAGAAAAAGGAAGCGUACGAGCAGGUUUGGAAUGCGCUUGAGGAUGUGGAAGUGGACCUAGAGAGGCGCAGACAGAAAGCAGAGGCGCGAGCGAAGAGUCAGCCGACAGUUGCAGAAGCCAAAAGGUUUAAGAAGCUUGAGGAGGGCUUGAGGAAGCGGUGGGUGGGCAGCAAGGAGCUGCUGGGUACACUGAUUGGCAAACACGAGACUGUUGAAGAGCACCUGCUGCUGACUCAACCGCUGGAAAAUCUUAUCAAUGGUGCCGUCCUGCCGAAUCCGCAAACGAAUCCUCUGAAUGCCCUAGAGCACACGGCACGUCUCCAGAGCGAACGGGUCCGCAGAUGGCAAAGCAUGCACGAAGAACUCCUGUCGAGACGACAUGCGAACCGAAUGAAAAAUGUUAUCGAAGAUUCGCCCAACAACGUCACUGUUGAUCUCUGUUUCGACAAGCACAAGAAUUUAAACCUCAGAGACCCGCAUCCACCUCCGCCACACUCAAUACGGAUGCGAAGCGAAACGCAUGCCGCCAUGUCAACCAAGUACGACGAGAUCUUAUCCACCAUGCGAGAAGAGCUCCGGCAGAACCGUCGCCGGUCCAUAUCUCCCGGCAAGCGAACCGUCGACGCCUCCGCCGACAAACCAAAUCCACAUCAACGUUCUCCGUCCUUAACCGCCGUGCCUGUCAUACGUCCAACAGUCACCGCCCGAGUGGUACCUCCACGUUCACGAAGCUACCACCAGCCGAAGGUUGAGAGUCAGCGACAACCUAUCCCCCUGAAGUCAGAGAUCUUCUCACCGCUGAAGCCGAGGCCGGUAAGGACAGAUAGUGGGAGUAGUCCGUUGAGUUCGAGUUCUAUUUUGGCCACGCCGGUGGAUGAGCUCUGUGCGAGCUCGCUCGGUAGCAAUGUUCAGAAGCAAGACGGCUGUCAUGGUGACGUUGACGGUGGGAGGCUCGACAGUGGAAUCGGUCUGCCAACGAAUCCUCCAUCGUCAACACAGCAAGCGUCAGCCCAGAACGGCUAUGCAACAUUGGCCGCGAGUGAUCUUCACACUGGCGACACUUCAGUCGGUGGCGAAGCAACACCCUCAAAAGAUGGCCACAACUUCGCGGUGCCGGCGCUCCCGAUAGGACGGCUAGCUGCUGCUCGCCCAUCGCUGGUCGAGCGGACCCGUAUGUCGAUUGCUUUGCGAAGUCCGGAAGAUGCCGGCGCUGGUCCGCUAAUGUCCCCUACGUUAACAUCUGCUACCUUUUCGACUUUACCCGACCAUGACGACGACAUCACCACGAGAGGAGACGGCAGCGUAGCGGACGACGUUGGCCCAACGCUACUGGACCGUACCCGCCAAUCCAUCUCACAAGCUCCCAUAACAUCAUCAGCGCCAGCUUCGAAGAAACCUGUUCACUCGCGUACGCAAAGCUCCUUUCAACCUUUGAGCCACAGUCAGAACACAGCAACAACCGCACGAAGAUCGUCGGCUGGCACGAGUCCUUCCAAAGCCUUGGGUUUGGCAAGGAGAGACAUCACGCCUAGGGAGCAGCUCUUCUCGCCCGAGGCAGAGUAUGACAGCGUGUUCCGGGCAAGGCCAAAGAUAAAGCUUAGCCCAGUCCUAAGUCCA